AUGUUAUAUCGAAUCGGGGCUGACUCGCCGACCAGAUAUGCCGGUCUUCUGCUUCAGCAUCACGCCGCGCUUACUGCCGGUCUCAUUGAACUGUAUUCUCGCCUCAUCAACGGCCAGUCAUGGGAGGGAUCUCCUGUCGACGAGCUCAACGGCAGCCCCAGUGUGCAUUGCAUCCUCGAACGGCUAGGCGUGAUCGACACCGAGGAUGAAAUUGAUCCCACCUCGGAUUUGGCUGGGGAAAGCGACUCGAUCUCGUUUAGCUGUGCCAAAGCUCGAGAACCACCGGCGAAGGUGCAGAAACUAGCCAAGUCAACGGCACGCAACGGUUCAGUGUCGGACCGCCAAAGCCGAUCCUCACGCUCUCCUCUUUCGACUUCGACAACCAUUGCUCCUGCACCUCCUUCACAGCCAUCCACGGGCUACUUGAACCAGGUCGCCUCACCGUCGAGCUCUGGCUCACGAAGCGGCUCGAUCCAAAGCACCAUGUCAUCAUGGGAAUCUCAGUCUCCUGGCCUGAGCGAUGAUUACAUGUUUACCACGCCCGUCCCCACCCCAGCGACGACUAGCGAGUCGCAGUGUCCAGACUAUCAGAUGCCCAUGCAGGCCUAUCCGCCUUUCUCAGAUGGCACCGUGCCCAACUACUCCAGGGAAUCGAUUCCGACUCCGGUGCCGGCGCCGGUUCCAUUCAUCUCGCCCGAAACGGUGACUGACCCGUGCACUGCCGGAUAUUUUAUGGACGCAGCCGGUGGGAUGGGUCUGUAUGGUUGGGAGGAUGGCAGUGCCGGCGGCAACAUCGGGUUUGGGUCUAUGCCGCCGGAGGGCGGUGCUUGGGACCAGGGCGUUUUCGUGUGA